GAGGACCAGUCGCUGAACAAUGUCGGGUGUGCUCGGGUCUCUCUGUAUAUUGGCAGCCAUUGCAGGCUGUUUGGGUAUCGACCUAACCCUACAACCGGGAGGCUUUGGAUCAGGUGUUGUUGAGUCGGUAGUCAGUCGCAUCAGAGAAUCGUGUCUUUUUGCAGACGACAAGCGUUUUCUCCGCCGUCUGGCUUAUGUACAGUCGAGAGAUGGAACAGACCCCAAAACGUACGGCAGAAGUAACUACCAUGGAGGAAUAUGGCAGGUAGAUGAAAGCAAAUUUCGGCAAACACAAACUUCUUCAUCUCUGCAAGCUCAGAGAAAUAUCAUUCUGAACAAAUUCGGGAUUGACUGGAGUAACGUCGCUUGGCAGGAUCUACGUAAACCGCUAUACUCUGGGAUCGCUGCUGCUCUAUAUACCAUCUUACACGGUGGAGUCAGUUGGAGGAUUGAGGACCAAGCAAACACAUAUGAAAACUAUUUUCACAGUUUCGGAGGAAACAAUUUCACUGUCCAGGCACAGCUUCUUGAUCAAGGUUGCCAUGGAAACGAAGCUCUUGAGUUAGUCUUAUUAGUGGACAGUUCAAACAGUUUAUCACAGGAUGACUUCACAAGAGCCAAAUUGUUCAUGAAUCAAAUCGUUGAUUCUUUUAAUAUUGCCUCCGAUAAAACUCGCGUCUCUGUUGUCACUUACUCCAAUAACCCUCAUAUUGAGUUUUACUUAAAUUCAUACACAUCUAAGUCACCCCUGAAAAGUGCCAUACAAAACUUGCCUUUUCGACCUGGAUCUACGAACACGGCAGGUGCUCUACAAACGGCGGUGAGUAAUGUAUUUACAGGCAGUCGACCUAAUGCCGCAAAAGUCCUUAUUGUGAUCACUGAUGGACAAUCCAACGACAUGCUAAACACACAACACGCUGCCGACAACGCCAAGAAUAACGGGAUAAUCAUGUUUUCUGUCGGAGUAGGAAGUCGUAUAGACCAUAGUGAACUCAACUACAUGGCAACGACGCCAUCUUGUACGCACGUGUUUACCGUGUCUGGGUAUGACGAGAUCAAAGCACUGAAAGAGGAACUUAUUCAAAGUUCAUGUCGAGCCCCCGUUUACAUCAACAGCACCUUCAGCUGCGUCUUUGAAAAGUGUCCGCCUCUAGCUGUUUUGACCUCAACACCUGGAGUCACAAUAGAGACAAAUGUUACGUGUGGCAAUGGCAAUAUUUACACGGCUUUCAACAGUCCUUACCCUGGACCGAGUUACUACCAGACUCUCAAUUCCGUCUCUUCCGGAAACCCUACGUCAGUGUUUCAUAACGCUUCCGGGGACCAGACGCUGUUUAUUAACCUGGUUGACGCCUUAAAGAACCAGAUCAGCUCCAGUGCUGGCUGUGUCAUCACCAUAACGCCCUACCAUGGAGACCACACAGAUCACACCAUGAAAUGCUACAUCGAUGGGAUAAAAAUCGAAUGCCCGGACAAUUGUAAAGAAAAAUGGAAUUUCCCAAAUCCUUGCACCCCGGAAAAUAUUGCAGAGGGGCUCCUUCAGUUUGCACAUCCCACGGAUUCGACGAAAUACUUGAUGUGUAACCAAAUCGGAAAACUUUAUAUCGUUCAGUGUCCACAAUACGAGUCUUAUUACCAGUCAUGCCAACAAUGUGUAGGUAACUUCACCUCCUGUGUCACAGGCAAUAAAACCAAUGUCGAUUCCUCAUCAAGUCCGUGCACACUCGCCAAUUUACAAGCAGGUAAAUUCUUCUUUGUUUAUCCUUCUGACAACACCAAGUUCAUCCACUGCGACGUCUGGGGCAAGGCCUGGGCCUUAAGUUGUCCAGGGGGAGAGAUCUGGGAUCAAAGUAUAUUAACCUGCAUUCCUCUCGAUUCUGUCGGACAAUCGUCGACAAGCUCACCCUCCAUCAUCAAACCCGGUGUCUCUCAUCAAUAUGGCGGCGAUGAAGUGAAUGGCUACCUCUGUUGUCCGACCUGUCCUCGUUUUUCCCCUCCUUGCACUCACUCUAAGAUAAACUCUGGGAGAUUGUUCCAUGCGAUUGCUGGAGAUCGUCACCAUUACAUCCAAUGUGACCUCACAGGACGAAUGUAUUGUCCAAUGAGCUGCGCUCCUGAGGCGGACGGCUCGCUCGAUUUCUUCAACUACCAGACGCAGACCUGCGUAGAUGGGUCCCUACUUGGUGUGGUCGGAUGAUGUAAACUUUUAAGGCUGUAUCGUGUUUAUUUUUACGUAAAAAAAUGAGACGCAUUUUUGCUGUAUCAUGUUUAUUU